AUGCCUUCCAGAAACUCCAUAAACAAGCCCAAGGGCAAGAUCCAUAGAGCACAGCACGGUGCUGCCAUUUCCAAAAAGAGAGCUGCACGUUCCAAGGCUGCUCUUCCCACUAGAUCUUCUGCUGGAAGAUAUAAUACUGAGACUGCUCCAAGACCUACAGACUCACAUGCUUUGGCCUUAUACAGUGGAUCUGGGCCUAGCUUGGGCAGUGGCGUGACCACUAAGUCUCUUUCCAAGAAGAGAGCCAAGAAGAUCGAGAGAAACAGCCGUUACGUUGCUAAAAGAAACGAACAAUUGUCGAUUGAUUUGGCAGCCAAGGAAGAGGGCAUGGACGUAGACAUGGACGGCGAAUCCAAGAGAGUCAGAAACAAGAAGCCACAGACACAGUUGGAGAAGGUUAAGGAGGCUCUUUGGGCGGCUGUGGAUGACGUUUCGGGUGCAUUUGAGGUGGAUGUUCUGGGCGAGGGUACCACCAUUGGAAUCCAGGCCUUUUAA